UCAAAACUGAAUAUCAGAAUUCAGGGUAACACAUUGAAACGUUAAUUAAUCAUGUAAAUAAGCUCCAGCAAAAUAUUAUUAAAUGACUUAUAAGUCAAGAAAACGUAUAAAAAUGGACUAUUUAAUACAUUGGCAUGUUUGGCAUAAUAAUUUUAAAGAACUGGGAGAGGAACUCGAUAAGAAUGAGCAUGAUAUAGAAAGGAAAGACCCGAGGGGACGUACACCUCUUAUGCUUGCUGUUACUUUGGGGCAUCUGGAGUCAGCAAGAAUUAUGUUGAGACACAAUGCUGAUCUCAGUGUAACAGACAGAGAUGGUUUUACAGUUAUUCAUGAAGCUGUAAGUACAGGAAAUCCAGAACUUGUGCAGGAAGUUCUAGAGCAGCGAGACUUCCAGCGGUACUGUAGCAGGGUAGUGGGAAUCCCCCAGUUACUGAAACAGAUUCAGAAUACACCCGACUUUUAUGUGGAAAUGAAAUGGGAAUUUACUAGUUGGGUUCCCUUAGUCUCCAGGAUGUGCCCAAGUGAUACCUACAGAGUUUAUAAAAGUGGAUCCAGUGUUAGGAUAGAUACCAGUUUGUUGGGAUUUGAUCACUCAAACUGGCAGAGAGGGAGUAGAAGUUAUAUAUUUAAGAGCCACAAUGAUGGUGCGGUAAUGAUGGAGGUUGACCAUGAUGUAGGUCAGGUGUACAUAGAACAGAUGAGCAUUAUGCCACCAUGUGUAAAAGAUUUUACAACUACUCUCCGACCAACUUCCGAGGCAGUAUCCACUCGUCUGACGACCCCUAUUGUUACAACUUUUGUAAACUUAGACAAAAUAUGCUUUGAAAGGAGUAGAUCGGGCAUCUGGGGCUGGAGAAGUAACAAAACGGAGAUGAUUAAUGGCUACGAGUGUAAGGUUUUUGGAGCCAGUAAUGUAGAACUUGUAACAAGGACACGUACGGAACAUUUGACCGAUGUUGAUAAAACUCGCCAUAAAUCUGCUAGAUCACCAUUCCAGUCUUUUCUAGGCAUUGUUGAGUCCGAGAAUAGAGGUAUGCAAGUAGCUGUGAAUGGGGAAGCAUUUGAGUACAGGAGCAAUCCUUGUCAUAUCACACCAGAAGAGUAUUUUGACUCCAGUGUCGACCUUGGAAGACGAGAUAUUGGACGGCCACGGGAGAUUUCCACUAAAGUUCAAAAGUUCAAGGCUAAUCUCUGGUUAUGUCAGAAUUUUCCCCUGUCUCUUAAAGAACAGAUUUUACCCAUUGUGGACCUAAUGGCAAUAAGUAGUUCACAUUUUGCUAAACUUAGGGACUUCAUCACUCUGCAACUUCCUAAUGGUUUUCCAGUAAAAAUAGAAAUUCCAAUUUUCCAUGUUCUGAAUGCCCGCAUCACCUUUGAGAACAUCUAUGCAAUGGAUGAUUCAGUGGCUGGUGUGACAUCCGUGAGAGAUGAUAGUGCAUCCGUUUGUUUGAUUGAUGAAAACUGUUUUGAGCCUCCUCAUGGUUAUAUUAGACUAGGAAGUGAAGAAUUCAGACAUCUUAGUAUUGAGAGUGAUGAUGACCUUCUUCAACUUGCAGUUCAACAGUCACUGUUAGAAGCAGGCAGUGAAGAGGAACAGGUGACCAUUUGGGAAGCAUUAAGAGCCCACAGACCAAUUUCCGAAGACAGAGAUUUACAAAGGGUUUUUCAUUAUAGUAUGGCUGAUUAUCAAAAUUGCAACAAUUCUGGUCUUGUGUCUAAUUUUGGACAUCAUGUCCAGCAGUCUGCCAGGGACUCUCAACUGUCCCUGGCACUACAACUUUCCCAUCAGGCUGCACUGGAGGAAGAUAAUAAAAGAAAGGAAGAAGAGGAGCAACUAGCUAGAGUUAUACAGCUGUCGUUGUCUCAGAAGUAACCUAGUUUUUGAAUGAAUGUUUUAACUUUUCACUCAAAACAUUCAAUCAUAAAACAUAUAACUGUAGUUAAUAACAUUACACUAUUAAUAAGAAUUUCAAAAUAUACUCUGUUGAAGGGGGAGGAUAUUUCAUUUUUGAUAAGUUUUGUAACUGUUGACUGAGCAGUGAAAGUGUUAAAAAUGACAGCUUUGAGAAGUGUGACUAAGGCAACAAUUAAAUAUUUCUAUGGGUUAUUAGUAUGGUGAAUUAAAAAGGACUCAAAACUUCAUAGAAAUUAUAUACACUUCACCAUUAUAAGAGGCUUAACUGUAUAUCUUUGAUUUGCUGACCAAAGCUAUGUUGAUGAACCUUGAAUAGGCAAAACUGCAGUCUAUAGCAGAGGGUAUGGCCAAUUAAGGAAUGCAUUAGGCCUCUACGUCACAGGUCCUCCUUUCAGUUUCACCUUUGGUAAAGAAGAAAAUUGUUCAAAAAUUGUUAUUUUUUUUGUUUUUCCCAGGUUAAAUUUAAAAUGAAGGACAUCCUUGUUAAUUUGUUUCCUGUCCAUACAUUUGGUAAAUUAUGUGAAAUAAGGAAAAAGAAACAAAAAUUAAUAAAUAUAUAAAUACUUCUAUUCAGUUUGAACCAUCAAAACUUGUGAUGAUUUUAACAUUGAUAAACAUAUAUAUAUAUAGUUUUUUACUAGUCUAGUAGUAAUGAGUAGUGUUAUGUUUACUUGGAAGUAAGAUCUUUACAGUGUAUCUAGUAAGUAAUUAUAAUCAGUAUUGUACUGACUCAACACUUUAGUUUGUGAAGCUGAACUACAGAGACAGAGUAUGUUAAACAGUUUUUGGAACCUCAUCAUAUUAUAACAGAUGUUACAUCUUGAUAAUAAACUUGAAGUGUAGUUUCCAUUGAAAAAGACUACCAUAAUGCUGUCAUGUCCAAAGUAAUCCACACAGCUCUGUAUGCUUUCCAUAAUAGAUUUAAUAUAGGAGGAUGAUGGUUUUCUAGCACAUGUUUCAACAUAUCACACUAGUGACCAAGAUACCAGACAGCUACUAUUUUUUACACUUUGUAGAGUGUAACUACAUAACACAGAGGUGACCAAGAUACCAGAAAGCUGCUAUCUUUACAGUCACAAAAGUGUAACUACAUAACACAAAGGUGACCAGAAUACCAGACAGCUGCUAUUUUUAGAAUUUGUAGGGUGUAACUACAUAUCACACUAUUGACCAAGAUACCAGAUAGCUACUAUUUUUACACUUUGUAGAGUGUAACUACAUAGCACAGUUGUGACCAGGAUGCCAGACAGCUGCUAUCUUUACAGUCACAAGAGUGUAACUACAUAACACAGAGGUAACUAAGAUACCAGACAGCUGCUAUUUUUACACUUAGAAGAGUGUAACUACAUAACACAAAGGUGACCAGAAUACCAUACAGCUGCUAUCUUUACAGUCACAAAAGUGUAACUACAUAACACAAAGGUGACCAGAAUACCAGACAGCUGCUAUCUUUACAGUCACAAGAGUGUAACUACAUAACACAGAGGUAACUAGAAU